AACCAUUACUAAGCACGCGCUGUGUCCGUCUAGCUCUCUCGACCCUCAUUGGUUGCUGUAAGCGUGACGUCAAUCCAUUCAGGCAUCUAAUAGGAUUAGCACCUCGGCGAUAACCGAUGCUGUCAACCGUCGUCCACAUCCCGAUUGGGCAGUGUGUCGUGACGUUUACACUCUGCGAUAAACUCCAUUUCGCCGCUGGAGGUGACGCUGCGCCGUGGUGGGAGGAGCCAGUUGGCCGGUUGAUCUCUCGGUGCUCGAGCUUUCCGUGUGUGAGGUGUUUGCGUUUGCUGUUCGGCACGGUGAGUCCGAUCUCGGCACGGUGCGCUUCAUGGUAGAUAUAGUGUAUCCCCGAGCCAAUACCCACAUGACCGCGUGCUCGGUGCUAGGCCAAGGAUUACACGGCUUUAUAGCGAAUGAGGCCAUAGGGCCCAGGCCGCCGAGUCCAAGCUUUAUAGAUCCUUCAUAUAGUGUGUGUCGCAGAAAUACACCGUGUGUAACUAGUUCAGCUCACUCGAUAGAGGCCCUGUCUGGGGGCGCAGGGUGGCAUUCACAGGUCACCAGGUGUAAGGUAGUGAUUACUGUACUGCCUGGUAUGCAAUUAUAAUACACUUAUUGACACUGACAUUAUAAUAGAGACACACACAUUUGAUGACACUAACAAUAUAAAAAAAAACCUGCAUGACACUAACAUUAUUAAAAAAAUUAGACACGCUGCAUGACACUAACAUAAUAAAAGCACACUUAAUGACACUAGCAAUAUAAAAAACACUGCAUGACACUCACAUUAUAAUACAAACAAACACUGCAUGAAACUAACGUUAUAAUACAGACACACACUGCAUGAAACUAACAUUGUAAGAGACGCACACACACACACUGCAUUGGGCUUGUGUUUUAGAAAAAUUGGCUUGGCACAUAGUAUAUAUAUAUUACUAUUUUUUUUUGUAGAACAAAGGCUAGCCUCUGAACUUUACCCUUUCUUAACAUUGUGAGUUUCAUUUACAUGAGACUGCUUACUAGCCUUAUUUAUAGGCAUACAAAGGCACAUUUCAAAUCCAUGACAUGUUAAUCAAUUUUGCGAUUUCUAUUCUUUUUCAGCUAUUUCAGUGUGUGAAUUGCAAAUAUCAUAUUCAGUGUACAAUAGUAUUAACUAUGUAAUCUGAUGGCUAAGGUACACAGUACCACUUUUUACAUUUGUUACGUCUUGCAUCAGAGGGUGUUGUCUCUGAGUUGUGCUUUUACAUACCGCACUGCCUCUGUCAUGCACAUAGACUGAUCAUUUAUAUUUUCCUACGUCUGUAAUUUAAAGGGACAUUUUAAACAACAUAAUCCCUAAGCUGUAGUGGUUAUUUUGCUAAUAACAAACGGUUUAGUGAACUGUCUUGGUUUCCACCAUAGCAAUGAACUUAAAUGAACACUGCAAGCACCAUAACCACUAUAACACAUUGUAGUGGUUAUGGUACAAAAUGUGCCCGCCCCAAUUGUAAGAGUCAGUUUUUCAAUGGUUUGGCUUUUUAUCUUGGGUCUGUCAGGCACCACUCCCUGCUUGUUCUAAAAUAUUGUUGACUCCUUAUAACAGUGGGGCGACUUAGGGUGUAGUGCUUUACUGGUUAUUGUACCUGGAGUGCCUUGGUGCCAUCCAAGUGUAGUUUGUCAAACCAUUUUUAGAGCUGUUGUGAGCUUGUUUGAGCAAGACCUUCUUCAUCUAUUAACUCUGUAUAUCAAUUACUUGUUGUGAGAUACCCCAAUACUAUAAUCUGCUGUGGAAUAUACUGGUGCUAUAUAAAUGGCAGUAAUAGUUUACUUGGAUCACAUCAUACAACCACAUUCCCUUAUUCCUGCAUUCUCUGGCAGGUAAGCAGUGCGAUGCAGCAGUUAAGCUCCCUAAACCAGUGAGUGCGGUCCUGUAUUGGCAAUGCAUAGCCAUUCCUUGUCAAAAGUAAUAAUGGAAAAUAAAAUACUUAUCUUAAAUGAAUUCAUUAACUUAAUAUGUACUCUUAGUUAAUUGACAUAUAGCCAGCUGUAUUCUAGUUGCUAGAAUUUUAACAUUAUGAACGCAGAAUGUGCUGUAAGAACACACCCCUUCAACUAUAAACUGCAGUACUGUUGACCAGCAGCUGGGAGUGUAGCUUGCAGAAAGCUAUAGUCUCGUCGUACUUGGCUAGUAUUCAAGAUGCAGUAUUCCUAGAUCCAACAUAAGUGAUCCCUGCACUAAUUCUCGGCUGUUAGGUUCAUCAUUUCCUGUAAUGAUUGCUUUAAUGUCAAUACAUAAUCCAAUAUUCUUCUGAUGCAUUUUAUUUUAUUUUACAGAUGCCUUCAAUAAAAUUGCAGAGCUCUGAUGGCGAAAUCUUUGAAGUUGAUGUUGAAAUUGCAAAGCAGUCUGUAACAAUCAAAACUAUGUUAGAAGGUGAUAAUCGAAGACAUAUUAAAUAGUAUUUUUAUUGGAUGUAGAAGCAGAGGGUGGAAGAUACCUUUAAAUUUUUUUUUUUUUUUUUAGUUUUCAGGACCACUUCAUGAGCCCAGUUGCAAUACAAUUGUGGCCCAAUAGUGUCAGGCCUGUUCAGGGUAUUGUACAGGUUUUAGCAUGUGUGUUUCUACUCUUGCUAUGCCUCCGUAUUUGCAUCUACUUAGAUGUGUGCUUUUACUUUUUUUUUUUUUAGUGACAUACAAGAACUCCUCUCAGACUUGUAGUAUAUUCUAGCAGGAAUGUAAAAUACUAAGAUUUAUGAUUUAUUUUUAUUCUAUUUACUAGAGGCCAAAGUUUUGAAAAACAUUUAGAAAUUAUUUUUUUACUUUAGAAUGCCAUAAAAUUACAUAUCACUAAAGAUAAUUUCAUGCAGAAUAGUUACAUAGCUGAAAAGAGAUGCCCAAGUUCAGAGCCUUUCUUACCUCUAUUUUUGCAGUUCAUCCAAAAUAAGGCAAAAACCCAAGAUGAAGUGUUUGCAAUUUUGCAGCAAGCAAGGAAAAUAAUUCCUUCUUGACCUCAAAAUGGCAGUAGGAUAUUUCAAGUAGCUACUACCUCAUAUAUUUAGAAUUAUAUCCCUGAAUAAUGUUUUUGGAAGUAUUAAUCCCAUUUCUGUUUAAACACCCGUACAGACUCUGAUAAAAGCACAUCUUCUGGCAUAGAAUUCCACAUCCUUAUUGUUCAAACUGUUAAAUUCUUUUCUUCCCGUCUAAAUACCUGUGUCCUAUGUAUAGUUCUAUUCUAAAUAGAAUUUAAUGCAAAAAAUGUUUGAUAGAAUAAAGAUAAGUAAACUAUAUAGCCAAAUAACCAGAAACAAAACCACAACUUCUUAUUGUAAGUGGAUUACAUUAACUCAGAGCUGACUUAUUAUUGGCAUCUGUAUAGCUACAACUUAUUUCGCAGCACUUUACAAUAUUAUGAAAGAGGGAAAUUUAACAAACUAAACCACUACAAAAUGUUAAAUUAACAAUAGGUUGAUGAGGACCCUGCUCAGGUGAGUUUACAGUCUAGAGGAGGCAGGGUGUAAAAAAAAAAAAAAACCAAUAGGGCAGCAAGGGGGACAUCAACCAAACAAGGUGGGAAAGUUACUGGAGGCGAGUGUGGAUUUUGGCUCUGUAGGAGAGUGCAAGAGGCCGAUAUGUGAAAUACAUAUAUAGAAAAUUUGAAUAUCGUGCGAAAGUUCAUUUAUUUGAGUAAUGCAACGUAAAAGGGGAAACUAAUAUAUAAGAUAGACGCAUUACAUGCAAAGCAAGAUAGUUCAAGCCGUGAUUUGUCAUAAGUGCGAUAAUGGCUUACAGCUCAUGAAAACCCUAAAUCCACAAUCUCAGUAAAUUAGAAUUUUGUGAAAAGGUGCAAUAUUCUAUUCUCACAUUGUCCCACUCUAAUCAGCUAAGUAAGCCAUAACACCUGCAAAGGGUUUCUGAGCCUUUAAUUGGUUUGACUGUUUCAGUAGGAAUCCCAAUCAUGGGGAAGACUGCUGACCUGACACCCUCCACAAGGAGGGAAAGCCUUAAAAGGUAAUUGUGAGGGAAGUUGGCUGUUCCCAAGUGCUGCAUCAAAGCACAGUAAUAGAAAGUUAUGUGGAAGAAAAAGGUGCACAAGCAGCAGGGAUGACCACAGCCUGGAGAGGAUUUUCAGGAAAAGGCCAUUCAAUAGUGUUGGGGACUUUCACAAGGAGUGAGCUGAGGCUGGAGUCAGUGCAUCAAGAGCCACCACACACAGACGGAUCCUGGACAUGGCCUACAGAUGUCGUAUUCCUCUUGUCAAGCCGCUCCUGAACAACAAACAUCAUCAGAUCUGGAUUAAAGUAAAACAGAUCUGGUCUGUUGCUCAGUGGUCCAAAGUCCUCUUUUCUGAUGAGAGCAACUUUUGCAUCUCAUUUGGAAACCAAGGACCCAGAGUGUGGAGGAAGAAUGGAGAGGCACACACUGCAAGAUGCUUGAAGUCCAGUGUGAAGUUUCCACAGUCUGUGUUGAUUUGGGGAGCCAUGUCAUCUGCUGGUGCUGGUCCACGGUGCUUCAUUAAGUCCAAGGUCAACGCAUCCGUCUACCAGGAGAUUUUGGAGCACUUCAUGCUUCCUUCUGCAGACGAGCUUUAUGAGGAUGCUGACUUCAUUUUCCAGCAGGACUUAGCACCUGCCACCCCUGGCCAAAAGCACCAAAGCCUGGUUCAAUGACCGUGGGUUUACUGUGCUUGAUUGGCCAGCAAACUCACCUGACCUGAACCCCAUAGAGAAUCUAUGGGGCAUUGCCAAGAGAAAGAUGAGACAUGCGACCGAACAAUGCAGACGAGCUGAAGGCUGCUAUUCUAGCAUCCUGGUCUUCCAUAACACCUCAGCAGUGCCACAGGUUGAUAGCUUCCAUGCCAUGCUGCAUUGAGGCAGUAAUUGCUGCAAAAGGGGCCCAAACCAAGUACUGAGUCCAUAUGUUGUUUUGAUUACAUGUAAUAUUCUAACUUACUGAGAUUGUGGAUUUGGGGUUUUCAUGAGCUGUAAGCCAUAAUCAUCGCAGUUAUGAUAAAUCAUGGCUUGAACUACACCCUGUUCCAAAUUAUUAUGCAAAUGAUAUUUUUCUCAUUUACCUAAAUAAUUGAUGUAAAUAACAGUCAGCAUAAUUCUCAUGUUAUCAACUAUUAAGAGUACAAUUCAAAUUUUAUUGAACAAACCUCCUAAUGAUAACAGUAUUUUUUUAAACAUAAACUUACAAUGCACUAUUCCAAAUUCUUACGCACAGUAAGUUUCAAAACACUUUAUAGGUUGUAAAGAACUGAAAAUUGUAAUUUGUUGUGUUUGCAGCAUAUUUACUGAAAUCAAAAGCUAUUGCAAUCAAACUUAUAACAACAUUUUAACUUUUUAAACAUUUUAACAGGUCACGUUACAGUUUAACAUAAGACCCCUAAUUUGAUAGCAGUUUCACAAGUCUUGCAUCCAUCGAACUUGUUAGUUUUUGGUCAGUUUCUGCUCGAAUUUGUUUGCAAGAUGUCAGAAUAGCCUCCCAGAGCUGCUGUUUGGAUGUAAACUGCCUCCCACCCUCAUAGAUCUUUUGCUUGAGGAUGCUCCAAAGGUUCUCCAUAGGAUUGAGGUCAGGGGAGGAUGGAGGCCACACCAUGACUUUCUCUCCUUUUAUCCCCAUAGCAGCCAUUGAUGCAGAGGUAUUCUUUGCAGCAUGAGAUGGUGCAUUGUCAUGCAUGAAGAUGAUUUUAUCACAGAAAGCAUAGUUCUUCCUUCUGUACCAGGGAAGAAAGUGGUCAGUCAGAAACUCCACAUACUUUGCAGAGGUCAUCUUUACACCACUAAAGGGGCCGACCAGCUCUCUUCCCAUGAUUCUGGCCCAAAACAUGACUCCACCACCGCCUUGCUGACGUCGCAGCCUUGUUGGAACAGGGUUGCCGUCCACCAACCAUCCAUCUGGACCAUCCAGGUUUGCACAGGACUGUUUGAAAAUUAGUCUUCAUGUAUUUUUCUGCUCAGUGCAGCCGUUUCUGCUCAUGAGCAUUGGUUAGUGGUGGCCGAAUAGAAGGUUUAUGCACAGUUGCAAGAUUCUUGAGGACUCUACACCUUGAUGUCCGUGGGACUCCAGAGGCACCAGCAUCAAAUAUCUGUUUGCUGCUAUGUAAUGGUAUUUUAGCAGCUGCUCUCUUGAUCCGAUGCAUGGAUCUGGCAGAAAUCUUUCUCAAUGUGCCUUUAUCUGUGCUCUGAAUCCGCUACAAAUCUCUUAAUAGUGCGAUGAUCACGCUUAAGUUUUCGUAAAAUAACUCAUGUUUUCAUACCUCGUCCAAGGCAUUGAACUAUUUCACUCUUUUCGGCAGCAGAGAGAUCCUUUUUCUUCCCCAUAUUGCAUGUAGAUGGUGCCCUGCUUAAUAAUGUGGAACACCCUCCUUUUAGUAGUUUUUCCUUAAAUUGGGCUCACCUGGCAAUCUAACUAUCACAGGUGUCUGAGAUUGGUUUCAGUGAUCAAAAGAGCCCUGAUACACAAUGCCAUCCAUGAGUUAAACUGAAAAACAAAAUAUUUAAUCUUUGUGACACUUAAAUGGAAUUUGCAUAAUAAUUUGGAACAGGGUGUAUAUUGCUUUGCAUGUAAUGCGUCUAUCUCAUAUAUAUUAGUUUCCCAUUUUACGUUACAUUACUGAAAUAAAUGAACUCUUGCACAAUAUUCAAAUUUUUCGAGUAUCACCUGUAGAAGUUAUUCUGGGAAGUUAUUCAAACUUUUCUAAACAGAUGGGCUUUGAGGGACUACUUAAACAAUUGAAGACUAGGGGAAAGUCUGAUGGAGAGUCUGUACCAAAGGAAAGGAGCCACCUGUGAAAAGUCCUGCACAUGUAAGUUAUGCUAUUGUGCAAGCAGCAGACAGGAGUAGGUCACCUGCAGAGUGGAGAGACCGAGAAAGGACAUAUCUAUGAAUCGGUGAAGAAAUAUAACAGGGGCAUUGUUUAGAGCUUUAUUAGUAAAGUUUAGUAUUUUGUAUUGACCUCCUAUAGAAGCCAGUGUAAGGAACGACAGGAAAGGUAUGUGAGGGGCAGCAUUCAUUAGAGUGUAGUUGGGCAGUCCAUGCGAGAAUAAAACUGAUGUGAUAGCCAGGUGUUCUGACACACCAUGGAACCAAUAAGGUGUCUUUUCCAUGUGUUUCCUAUUCAGUCGUGUGAGUUGAAGUCAAUGUAAAAUAUGUUUGCUUAAAAACAGGAUAAAGUAAAACAUUUGUAAUUUUGUGUUCCAGCGCUGGAUUUCAGAUUUUAAGGGGUUUUAUUUAAGAAUCGUGUAAUUCAAUUCUACUUUUACUUCCCUCUGUAUACCUUGAUUGCUUUAAAUCUAACUUUUUCUGCAAUGCGCCAAAUAGUAUUUUAGCCACAUUUUAUAGCCUUUAAAUGUUUUCUCUUCUUCUCUCCAAUUUUACCAUUAGUUACUUCACAAAAGUGGCAUUCACAGUUUGAAUGAUUUUACUUUAUUCUUUAAUGGGGAUCAAUCACAAUGAUUUCUAAUAUUCUAUUUAUGUAAUGUUAUAUUUUAACAAAUGUAUUUGUGAGGGGUAAUAAAUAAAAUGUGGGGAUCCACACCUCUUUAUCCUCCAAUCAGUUGUCUCAAAUUUAGCUCCCUAUCAAUAAUUAACUCUGUCCUCUGCAGAUACAAGCAAAAUUGAAGCAAGCUUUCUGAUUUUCAUGCUCAUUUGCAGUGUUUAACUUGGCUUUGAUUUUAUGAAAUGAUGUGAUUUGCAAAAUAUUUAAUAAAAGCCUUCAAUGGACAUCUCAUGAAAGUUUGUUUUAGGUGAUAUUUCAGUGUUUUAUCACAAAUAAAUUGCAGAUGAGUGACAUUUCCCCUAUAACCAAAUUGGGAAAACCAUGCGUACUUUUAGUGUGCUUUAUGUUUAAUUCUUCUAACUUGAAUUAUGCAUUGUCUUUAGAUCUAGGCAUGGAUGAUGAAGGUGAUGAUGAUCCUGUGCCCCUUCCAAAUGUGAAUGCAGCAAUACUUAAAAAAGUAAGAAGUACUUGGCUUUAGGGCAGGGCUGUCCAACCUGCACCCUCCAGAUGUUGCUGAAUUACAACUCCCAUGAUUCUUGCAAUGAAUCGGCCAGUGAAUUAUGGGAGUUGUAGUUCAGCAACAUCUGGGGGUCGCAGGUUGGACAGCCCUGCUUUAGGGAGUAUAUGCUAAUUGCGUGCAGAGUGUAAGAACAUUUUUGCGAAAUUGCUUAAACUGAAAAAGUAUUCUAUGUGACAAACAUCUGAAUUUGUACUCCCUGUAAAUUCAGUUUUCCAUAGGAUUAGCAGCUAUACUACAGCUGAGAUUUUCCUUGCUUUUCCAGCAUUUCUUUAUCAAUAAAAGGUUAGAUCCACUCAAAAACGUGACCUCUCGGGGGAUUAAUAAAAGUAUACUCCAGAGAACCCACAGUAAAAACUAAGUUAUUCAUACUGCAAAACGAUAUUUAGGAAAGGAGACCUGUUCUGCCUUUAGUCCUAUAGAAAUAGAAUUUAAAGUGAGUAAAAACUUUGGUUUUUCAAUGUAUGUUGCGGUAGUACUACAGCAAGAACUUGUUAAACUGCUUGUGGGGGUGGUGGGUUACUUAAUAACUGUCUGAAGAACUGUAUGCACAAACAAAACAUCUUAUUAAGUAAAAAUUUAUAACUGUCUAAAAAGUAUAAAUUGAAGACAUUGUUGCUGCUUUACAAAUUUGUUGAAGCUUGCUAAGGACAUAGAGAUUGAUCUAGUAUGUGAAAUCUAAUAAGAGGAGGAGAUUACCCAAGACUAAUAGGCUUUAAAUAUUUGAUUCUAUCCAUUUUACCAAAGUAGCUUUUGAGGUUGCUUAAGGACAAAAAGAUGUGUAGAUCUGAGGCUGUUCGUUCAAGAUAAAACCGUAAUUGGCGUUUUACAUCCAAUCUGUGUAGAAAUUGUUUGAGUUCUGGCAUAAAGUUUGCAAAAUAAUUUCCUGUUGCAAAUGAGAAGUUUUGGUCACUUUAGAUCAAAAUGAAUGGAGAAAUCUUCAGACAACUUUGUUUAAAAGUAAAACAAGAUAUGUAUAGUUUGCUCCCAAACAAUGAACUUCUCCAAUGCAUUUAGCAGAAAUUAUUGCAACUUAAAACUGUCUUUAGCGGUGAAGAGAAAUUUCCUUCAAAGGAUCAAAUAAAUCAGAUGUAAGGGUAGAUAAAACUAAAUUUAAACUGUCUAAUCUCUUAGCCUUUAACCCCUUAAGGACCAAACUUCUGGAAUAAAAGGGAAUCAUGAAAUGACACACAUGUAGUGUUGGAAGAUCCAUCAGUUCCCCUACUUGCUGCAUGUGAAUUUAUCAUUAUGACCAACCUGUUUGUUGCAGUUGUCAUGGCAGUAAAUAUUAUUUUCUUGAAGAAAAAAAAAAAAUAUAUAAAAAAAUAUAUAUAUAUAUAUAUAUAUAUAUAUAUAUAUAUAUUUUUGUGCGCGCGUUUUUUACAUAUCCUCCAACACCUUUUUUUUUUUUUAUGGUGAAUGAUUCUUUUAAAUAUGUUGUGUAAUCUGUUCCUAACUUCAGUGAUGUUUUUUUUUCUUUUUAAUUGUUUCAUUUAUAAAGGUGAUCCAGUGGUGCACACAUCACAAAGAUGAUCCACCUCCACCAGAGGAUGAUGAGAACAAAGAGAAGAGGACAGAUGAUAUCCCUGUAUGGGACCAAGAGUUUCUCAAAGUAGACCAAGGAACACUCUUUGAACUCAUACUUGUGAGUGAUCUUGUUUUCAUGAGUUUGAAUGUGUUGUGCUUGGGUAGUUUGUUUUAUUUCCGUAUAUAGAUGGAGUAAAUAUUUACAUCUAAAUGGAACCCCAGGAUCUAUAGUUGCUUAUGUGACUAUUCCAGACUGCUAAUAUACAGGAUCUAUUCUAGAGUAUUAAACUAGAUGCAAGAGUGUUGAUUGAGUGGGGUUGAGUAGAUAAUGGAGUAAUUUUAAGAUAUCCAGUUUGCAUUCACAUUGGGAGCUAAGAAAAUGAUCUGCCAAAGUAAAUUUGUAAUAAACUGUAUAAGCUUAUUCAGGUACAAAGGCCCCUUCCCCACCAAACAAACUUGUGUUUUUUUUUUUUUCAGGCUGCCAACUACCUGGAUAUCAAAGGUUUGCUAGAUGUCACCUGCAAAACUGUUGCAAACAUGAUCAAAGGCAAAACACCAGAAGAAAUUCGAAAGACCUUCAAUAUAAAAAAUGAUUUCACUGAAGAGGAAGAGGCACAGGUAGGCAAUGAAGCUUGGCUUAUAAUGGUAAUUUUGUUAUGUAUCUAAGUGGGUCUGUAAAUUCCUCCUUCUCCCUCAAGUUGAUAAAAGGUGGUGCCAACUUUUGUCAGUUCUCACAGCUAUAGGAAUAAGGCAUAAAACCAUUUAUAUGGUGACUUUCAUCCAUAGGCCUCAGUGUUUUACAGCAUUGACAUGUACUCUUGGCGAAUGAAGCGCCAGGAGUUGAAGAUGGGGGUAUCUGUGAGGGACAGUAACUCUCCUAUGCCACAGCGACUCCACUACCAGUGGUUUUUGCAAAAUAUGCAAAGAUCACAAAAGGUGACAACUGCUUUAAAUGCCAAGAUCUUUUUAGAAAUAUUAUGAUUUUGUGUCAAGUAUGUAUUGUAAACACUAGUUAUCUAUAUUACAUUUGGCCUAGCAUGUUAGUACUUAUCUUCAUUUAAUGUGAACCUGUUGUGAAAAAAUUAACUUACCUGAAAUUACUCCCAUAUAUCACAAAGGUACAUAGUAUUUUCAAUGGUACAUAGUUUUUUCAAAGUAAAAUAUAAAGAUUUACUCUCUUCCAGCAUCACUACAUGGGUGUUGCUCUUCCUGAAACACCCACCUCCUGGCCGUCCUGCACUCCUCCCGAAGUCGUCUUUGAUUUGCCCUGCUUGGGUGCAUCCCUAAGCAGGACAAAUCUUAUCUGUGACCUGGCACACCUGGAGCGUAGCUGGACCUCCUGUGUGUGAGGUCUUUUGUGCUCUACCUUGUCAAUCAAUGCCAAGACAUUGACUGACAGCUGUGAGAAAAAACUAUAUUUAAAAAAAUAAAUAAAUAAAAAAAUAUAUAUAUAUAUUAUAUUUUUGUUCCUUCUCCUUUAUGGCAAAUCAGAUGAAAUCUUGUCUUUUAAAUGGUUAACGAAUAAUUAAAGCCUAUUGUUGCACCUGUUUAAUUUUUAGGUACGCAAAGAGAAUCAAUGGUGUGAAGAAAAGUGAAUUGGUUUGCCUGCCACUGUAACACUGUAAGAAAUGUUCCAAAUAACUAGUUGCACUGCUCUGUUUAUAAUAGACAAUUCAUCAGCUUAUCAUUUAAGCAGCAGGCAAUUUUGCCGCAUGUAUUGUCCAAUUCUUCUUCCUUUUUUAUUUUUUUUCCCUUUAAUUAUUCAGAUCCUGAAACUGUUUUUACCAUUGUAAUCUUGUGAGAUUUACGUUUACUAUAAUAAAUGUGUGAUCUGUGUGCUUUACUGAUUAAAGCAUCCAAGUUUGUUUUCUCCUGUUGUCAGACAUGAUUUUUCUGUGUUGAUGCUGAUACAUAACCCUUUUCUGUGUUGCAACAAAGUUUAUUAAAUCAGUUUUUUUUUUUUUUUUUUUUUUUUGGGUUUUCUCGUGACUUUUUUUUUUUUUUAUAUGUUAAGGCUUAGUCUGCAUGAUCUCUUCAGUAUAGAGGCUUAGAAAGCAUAAAGGAAAAACUGAUACAAAUGGCUUUUAAAGGAAGACUCUGUACAUUGCAAGACAAUACUUUUAGUCAGGUCACUUUGCUAUUAUUGCAUGUUAGCUGCAAUGUACUUGUUCAGCCUCUUGUACAUGGUGUGGAAGGCUGUGCACUUUAAUUCAACUCCCCUUCCUUUCUCUCUUUGAUGGGUUUAAAGGUCUGUAUUUGGAACAUGAACCACCCUUCUAAAUAUUGAUGGGAUAACAUUUAAAGUCCAAUGUGAACCUUAAGCCUAACAAUGUAGUCUGACUUUUGUACACAAACAUGAUAGAAGGCUUGGGGUGUUGCUGAACCCAUUUAAUACACUGACGUGCAGAAUAAAUCCUUGUAUCACAAUGUCUAGGAAUGGGUUUGUGUGUUCCUCUUUAUUCAAGCUUUAGAUAUAUGCAUAAUUUGUGGUGUUUGUGUGUUCCAUGUUCAUUACAAACUUUACAUUUUCUGGAUGAGCAGAUUAUGACCUUUCCUAAUAAACUGACUUUAAAGAAUUUUA